AUGGGUAGAGGAAGAGUGGAGCUAAAAAGGAUAGAGAACAAGAUAAACAGACAAGUCACAUUUGCAAAAAGAAGGAAUGGAUUAUUAAAGAAGGCUUAUGAGCUUUCUGUGCUUUGUGAUGCUGAAAUUGCUCUUAUCAUCUUCUCUAGUUGUGGCAAACUUCAUGAAUUCUGCAGUGGACCUAGCAUGUCCAAGACACUUGAAAGGUACCACAGAUGCAACUACGGCACAAUGGAAGCUAACCAUGAAGAUGAAGAUUCACAGGACAACUACCAGGAGUAUUUAAAGUUGAAAGCAAAAGUUGAUAUCUUGCAACAAUCUCAAAGGAAUUAUUUAGGAGAAGAAUUGGAGCGGUUGGGAUCAAAGGAGCUCGACCGGCUUGAGCGUCAACUGGAUUCUUCUCUAAGGCAAGUCCGGUCAACCAAGACUCGACGUAUGCUUAGUCAACUUUCAGAAUUACAGCAAAAGGAACAGUCAUUAUUGGAAGUUAACAAAUCCCUUAAACAUAAGUUGGAAGAAAGUAGUAGUGCAGCUUACCAAGUAUCAUGGAAAGCCAACGAGCGUAACUUUGAGAACGGACAAAUAAUGCCUCCUCGCCGGGAGGGUUAUUUCCAAAGUUUUGAUUGCAAUGACAAUAUCCAAAUUGGCUACAAUAAUGAGGCACCAAAUGAUGAUCCAAGCAUAUUACAAAAUGCUAAUGGAAUUAUACCAGGAUGGAUGCUUUGA